UCUGACAGCUGCCCUCUGAGUCCGUCGGCAGCAGACUGUUCUUGUGCCUCUUGAGUCUUUGCCCUCUCCCGCCCUCGUUUCCUUGUACUUGUGCUCCAUUCUCUCUUUCUCGUCUGCCGCCCUCUCUCUCUCUCUGUUGUGUUGCCGCCGACACAAGUCCGUUUGCCACACAUUCUCCGAUUGGCCAACUGAAAGCCCAAUUCGAUUGGCUAGCACCGUUUGCUACUACAGCAAUCGCGCCCAAAAGGGAAGAAAGGGGGAAAGACUGUGCGCCAACCUGCUCAUCUUUUCCUUCUUCCCGUCUUCGGCUUCGUCCCUCCACAGUUGAACGGCCCGGUCGGUCCCGGUUCCGGCUCCGGUCCUGCUCCGGAUAGGAUCCACAUCUACCUACGCUAUCUCGCCAUGUCGCAGCAACCACCGUUGGCAUGUCCCGACCAGUCCUUCGGUCCUUGGGCCGGCGACGCUUGUCGCGGUGGCUUCGACUUCACUUUGAUGUUCGAGGAGUCCAUUCUCACCAUCCCUCUGCAAUGCCUCUUUCUUCUUGCGUUGCCCAUUCGUAUGGGCCAGCUGUACUCCAUGACCAGAAAGACUGUUGCCAACGUCCAAGGCACACUGAAAUUGGCUUCUGCGCUGUGUGUCUUCUCCUGCAGCACUGCUCUCCUGGCCCUUUGGGCUGGCCCGUCCGCCAACCCAAAGACGGCAGCCACAAUUCCGUCCGCCGCUAUAGUGCUGGUCGCCUCUCUUUUCUACUGCGCCCUCACUUGGCUCGAGCACCACCGCAACGUCAAGCCUUCCUUCAUCCCGUUUGCCUAUCUCUUCUUAUCAGUCCUCCUCGACCUCCCGCGAUGCCGCACCUUGUGGAUGUCCGAGACACCACCCGCCAUACCUGCCCUCUUCACCGUAAGCUUGGCACUGCGCUUUUUGAUGCUGGUACAGGAAUCAGUCGGGAAGCGACCACUUUUGCUCCCGGCGUACCGCGCAUACGCGAGAUCAACGACUGCCGGUACACUCAGCAGAAGCACCUUCUUCUGGCUCAAAUCGCUCUUCAUCCGCGGAUAUCAGAAGAAUCUGCGUCUCCAAGACUUGGACCCCCUGGAGCCCGGCAUGGAGUCUGAGCCUUUAUAUCGCGCAUAUCGUCAUGCAUGGGAUCUGGUUCCCGACAAAACCGUUAGCGGCGUCUUAUACAUGACAUGGCUCAAGGUCUUCGCUACUCAGGUCAUGGCCGCAUUCGUUCCCAAGCUCUGUCAGAUUGCUUUCACAUACACACAGCCCUUUCUCAUCGAACGAGGCAUCGGCCUUGCCGCCCAGCCCCAAGGUGGUUCGGCAAACAACACGGGGUACGGCUUGAUAGGCGCCUACGCAUUAGUCUACACAGGCAUUGCUAUCUCAACGGGCCAGCACGAAUGGCGCGCUUACCGGGCCGCGUCGGUCAUGCGAGGAGGUAUCAUCGGUUUGGUCUACCAAAAGUCGCUGCGCCUCGACACUACAAUGCCCGACGUGAGUCCUGAGGGUGCUUUGACCUUGGUCACCACCGAUGUCGAGACUAUAACCCAAGGCGUCGUUUACCUUCACGACAUCUGGGGCGCUUUUGUUGAAAUCGCCGUGGGCAUAUACCUGAUCUACAGGCAACUGGGAUCGGCAUGUGCAAUGCCCGUGGCCAUUGUCUUCGUCGUAUUAUUGGUUACGGCGAUACUUUCCUUGCAAAUUGGAAACGCGCAAGCAAACUGGAUCCGCGCGUCUCAAGAUCGUGUGACGACGACGUCCAAAGUCCUCGGUAGCAUCAAGCCCCUCAAAAUGACAGGUCUGAGCGAUCUCGUCUUCUCUUUGAUUCGAGACCUAAGAACAAAAGAGUUGGAGGUUUCUGAAAGGUACAGAAAAUUACUCGGAGGGAUAUUGGUGCUAAUGAUUUGCAUCCCCAUCUGGUCUCCCAUCCUUACCUUUUGUGUUUUUGCUGCACAAUCUGGCUCCACGUUGAAUAUCCAGCGAGCCUUUACCGCCUAUUCACUGCUUACCUUGGUUAAUCGGCCAUUGUCGGAUGUCAUCCUUGCGCUCCCUAUUCUGGCCGGAUCCGUGACUUCUUUCCAGCGGGUACAAGACUACCUGAAUGGCAAGGAAAGGCAUGACAACAGGCUUCCGCAAAGGGAAGAAGAGACCGACUCUACAGAGGGUGGAAAACUUGCCGUGAAUCGUUACUCUGCUGAAAAAACACCGGCAUCUCAACAAGUACAUUCGACUGAGGACGCGGCGGUUUUUCUAGACGAGAAAACUGUCGCAUCUCUCCAGGGGAAAUUUUCUUGGGAGGAGGGCUCAGAGCCCGUCCUUGACAUCGGCGACUUGAGAAUACAGGCCAAAACAUUUACGCUUAUUCUUGGCCCUGUCGGAUGCGGCAAGUCUACGUUACUCAAAGCGCUCCUGGGCGAAGUUUCAGGUUUCGAGGGGACCAUUCGGGCCAACUACUCAAGAGUCGGCUACUGUGACCAGAACGCUUGGCUGCCCAAUGAUACAGUGGCCAAUAUCAUUCUCGGUCAGGCAGACUUUGACGAAACUUGGUACCGCAAAGUGGUAGGAGCGUGCUGUCUGGAGCAAGAUUUCGACGACUGGCCGAAGGGAGAAGAGACUGUUGUGGGAACAAUGGGGAUUUCAAUGAGUGGGGGCCAGAAGCACCGACUGUCUUUGGCACGAGCCGUGUACUCCAAAGCGGAGUUUGUCAUUUUGGAUGACCCAUUUUGCGGCCUGGACUCGGAGACAGAAGACUCCAUAUUCCACAACCUAUUGGGAGAGCAAGGGCUCCUUCGGCUAGCAGACAUGACAAUAGUCGUCACCUCUUCAGAUGCCCGACGCCUGGCAUAUGCUGAUCAAGUGGUGCUUCUCAGCGCCAAGGGUCAGAUCAGCGAGGUCGGGACCCCGGCCGACCUUUCCUCGAAAAUUCAAGCCCAGCAGGCGGGCAUGAAAGGAAUCGCUCAUCGUGUAUCAGACACGAGGACACACGUGGCGCAGUCAGGCGGAGAAACGGUACCUUCAAACGAGACAGCGCUUGUUGACAUAGAAUAUCAGGCAAAGGCCACCCGACGUCUGGGUGACUCGGCAGUCUACCUGUUCUACGCUAAAUCUGCUGGCUGGUGGCCAAUUGUGGUCUUCGUCCUCUCAAUGGUCGUUUUUGCUUUUUGCAGCUCUUUUCCAAACAUCUGGCUCAAAUGGUGGGCAGAAGACCCGAGUCCUAGUUCGAAUCUCGGGAAAUGGCUCGGCGUGUAUGUGGCCCUUGGAGUGGGCUCAGUUCUUGCCGUCGCACUGGGGGCAUGGCAACUCUUCAUCAACAUCAUCAACAACUCCGGAACUAGCUUUCACAGUCUUCUCGCAGACACGACAGCCAAGGCCCCGUUAUCUUUCCACGUCGCCACAGACAGCGGUAUCACCGUCAAUAGGUUCAGCCAAGACUUACAGCUCAUUGACAUGGAGUUGCCCAGCACAGCACUCGGGUUAGCUGUUGGCGUCGCUUUCGGCCUUGCGGAAUUCGUCAUGAUAUCCGUGGCUUCCCGAUACAUUGCCAUUCUGUUGCCAUUUCUUAUAUUGUGUUUUUAUGCGAUUCAGCAUUUCUACCUCCGCACUUCCAGGCAGAUACGUCUCCUGGACAUCGAGUACAAGGCGCCUCUUUACACGCAACUGAUCAAAACACUGGAUGGCCUCGUGACAAUCAGGGCGUUUCAGCGGCAGGACGAAUUCGAGAAGAAGAACAUGGAACUACUCAACACUUCCCAGAGACCAAGUUAUCUCCUAUUUUGCAUUCAACGCUGGCUCACCUUCACAGUGGAUAUGAUGAUUGCCAUGAUCGCUCUGGUCCUGAUCGUGGUGACUACCACCCUCAGGGAGCAGAUCGGGCCUGGCUACAUGGGAAUUGCUCUCAGCAACAUCCUUGGAUUCAGCGGCACCAUCAAAGCCGCCUUGACCUCGUGGGUCACACUGGAAAUCGCCAUCAGCGCCGUCGCCCGCAUUCGUGACUUUUCCAUGACCACGGAGCAGGAAGCUGAUCCCACAAAGGAGUUAACCGAGCCAUCUGAUAAGGAUUGGCCAAGCCGAGGGGCUAUUGACCUGCGCGCUGUUACGGCUUCUUAUCCCUCCUCGGGAAUUGUUCUUCACGGCGUGGAUCUAUCCAUCAAGCCCGGGGAAAAGGUGGCCAUCUGCGGGCGAAGCGGAAGUGGCAAAAGCUCGCUAGUACUCUGCAUCCUCCGACUGAUGCAGCUGGACUCUGGGACCAUCAGUAUUGAUGGGGUGGACCUGUCUACUAUUCCUCACGAGUACCUACGGUCCAAGCUGACGGCCAUACCACAAGACGUUUACAUAUUCGACGGAACGAUACGGUUGAAUGUAGACCCGAAGAAGACGGCGUCAGACGAAGACAUCAAGCGUGCCCUGGAGAGGGUGCAUCUGUGGGGCAAGGUAGAGCAAAGAGGGGGUCUUGAUGCGAUAAUGAACAACGCGUUCUUCUCGCGUGGCGAGUCACAGCUACUCGUCUUCGCCCGGGCAAUGCUGAAGAUGAGCAAGGUGCUCAUACUCGAUGAGUUCACCAGCAGCAUGGAUGACGAGACGACGAAGAUUGUGUACGGCGUCGUUCGGGACUUCUUUGAUGGAUGCACCGUCAUCGCAAUAGCUCACAAGCUAGAGCCCAUCCUGGAAUUUGACCGAGUGGCAGUCCUAAGCUCCGGCAAAGUUGUUGAGUAUGACGAGCCAAGAGAGGUCUUGCAACGAGAAGGCUCAGCGUUCAAGAAACUGUUCGAGUUGUCACUCGGAGCCGGCGAGUAGAACAUCUGGAUGAAGGAGCGUUUUGAAAGUGUAAAAUGUCGACAGCGUCGUGUCCGACGGCGCAGACCGUGAGCUAAUUCCACUCACUCAAACCAAAUGAUAGACCAAGCCCCAAUCCACUCUGAUUGCCGUUUAAA